AUGUCCCUGGCGACUCGCACGAAGCGGCGCCACGUGGCCGCAUCCGCUUCUUUCCGCUCGUCAAAUUCCCCGCAGCCGUCGCGAAAUUCGCAGGACGACCAGCAGCAGCAGCAGCAGCAGCAGCAAGCGGGCGAGGAGGCAUCACCGCGCGUGGGGCGCAGAGGCGUGGCUCUCGGCGGGGCUGCCGCCGCUGCCUCCGCGCUCGUCUCGUCCGUCGCCGUCACCCUGCUCCCUGUUGACGUGGCCGAGGCUACGGAGUCGAAUUUCGCAGACAGUACGUGCAGCAGCCGUGUGUGUGCCGCACAGCCACUCACACACUUGCAUGCAAACGGCGUGCAUUGUGCCCCUCCCUCCCCCUUCCCCUUUCCCCAAAGACCCCCAUUCCCCCACCGCCCUCCACUGUGUGUGUGCGUGGGGGCGCGUGCAGUGCCGGCACUGAGGGGCAAGGACUACGGCAAGAGCCGCAUGAAGUAUGCUGACUACACUGAGACCGACUCCGGCCUGCAGUUCAAGGACUUGAGGGAGGGCACGGGACCAACUCCUCAACCAGGCGACCUCGUUGUCGUGGACUGGGCGGGGUUCACCAUAGGGUACUAUGGGCGCAUCUUUGAGGCGCGCAACAAGGCCAAGGGCGGCUCCUUCGAGGGCAACGAGAAGGACUUCUUCCGCUACCACGUUGCCCAAGGGGAGGUCAUCCCGGCGUUUGAGGAGGCCGUGGCAUCCAUGAAGCUGGGGGGAGUGAGGAGGAUCGUUGUGCCUCCGGAGAUAGGCUAUCCAGACAACAACUUCAACAAGCAAGGACCCAAGCCCACCACCUUCUCCGGCCAACGGGCGUUGGACUUUGUGCUCAAGAACCAGGGGCUCAUCGACAAGACGCUUCUCUUUGACAUUGAGCUGCUCAAGAUCGUUCCCAGCUAG